AAUAUGGGUUAAUAUAGCACAAUUUUUCUAACCUGGUUUUUCUAAUGGUUAGUGCACAUUCGACUGGUAUUGUGCAGUUUUUUAGUGUACUUUAUCGCAAAAUGUGUUCGUCAGCGUCCGUGCUAUUGCCGCCAGUUGGUGUCCGCGGGAUGAAAGUGCUCGAUCGUGAGAAAUUUUCUCGUAACAUUCAAGUUCCCAUCCUGAAGGUUACUGAAAAGAAUCUCUCCAAAGUUAUCACUUUAUGCAAGACCUAUUUCCUAAAAGUAGAAAACUUCAAACCAGUUCAGAGUUGUCAGGACGCGUCAUUCAAAAAAUGCAUAUUUUUCAACCCUGAAAAAAUAAAUGAUUGGACGGACAUAUCUGAAGACGAUCGAACGGCUCUCAGCAACCUUGGCAUUGAUAAAUCCAACUUCGAUAUCCAAGAAGUCCAGCUUUUAUAUGAAAAUUUCAAGUAUGAUACAAUUUUCAAAGCUGUCCUUCCAGAGCAGGAAGAAAUUGUAAGUGGCUUUUCUCAAAUUGGUCAUAUCAUUCACUUGAACCUUAAAGAACAUCUCUUAGACUAUCGUCAGUUCAUUGGACAAGUUCUACUUGACAAAGUUAAGACUUGCCACACUGUGGUUAAUAAAAGUAAUACCAUUGACAAUACAUAUCGUAACUUUAGUAUGGAGGUCAUAGCAGGCGCAGAGAACUUCCUAGUGACCGUCAAAGAAAACGGAUGUAAGUUCAAGUUUGAUUUCUCCAAAGUCUAUUGGAACCCCCGUCUCAGUAAAGAACAUGAGAGGAUCUUAAGCUUCUUGAAACCAGGAGAUGUCCUAUUUGACGCAUUUUGUGGCGUCGGACCGUUUUCUUUACCAGCUGUGAAAUGUAAAUGCAAAGUUUACGCUAAUGAUUUAAAUCCGGACUCUGUUUUAUGGUUAAAUCAUAAUGCUAAAUUUAAUUGUGUAGAUCCAAAUCUAUUUAAAUCAUAUAAUCUGGAUGGUAAUGACUUUAUUAAUAAAAUAUUUAAAGAAUACUUAAUUGAAUAUUGCAAAGGCAAUGAGACACUUAGAGAAAGUGCAAAGAUACAUAUUACAAUGAACUUACCAGCUAUGGCGGUUGAAUUUCUAUCAAACUUCAAUGGAUUAAUCAAAGACAAGGAACUUCUUGACAAAUUAGAUAAAGAAAUACUUAUCUAUGUAUAUUGUUUCGUUGUUGGAGAUGAUCCGGUGACAAUUUCAAAAGAAAUGGUGAAUAAAAACAUAGGAUGUGAAGUUACAACAAACAUUGUAGAUGUUUUUGAUGUAAGAAAUGUGUCUCCAAAGAAAGAGAUGAUGCGUGUGACUUUGAAGUUGACAGCGGAUAUUCUCUUUGGUGUUAAUAGUGAUAAUGAUGAACCACCCAUAAAAAAAAAGUGUACAGAUAAGGACAAUUAA